AUGUAUGUAAGCUAUAAAAAGAACGAUGGUACACAAGUUAAAGUUCCAUUAGACAACAACUGCUACUUAAACUUCUAUGGAGACGAACAAAAGAAAUAUUUAAGAGUUUAUGAAAUGGCAGAUAUGACAUUGCCUGACCCAGCUCCAGCACCAUAUUAUUAUGACUAUGGAGAUGACGUUAGAACACCACAUGUAGAUGAACAAAAGCUAACAUUAUAUUUAGAUUUUUAUAGAUAUAAAAGAUAUAAUGCAAUAGAAAAAACGAGAAUAGUAUACUAUUAUGAAGAUGACAGAAAUAAAUAUUAUAGUCAAGACUUUACCUACCCUGAAAACAUAAGAUUAUAUUAUAAAAAAUAUUCUAACACAAACCAGAAGAAACCUGAAAUAGUUGCACUAUAUUUUAAGUUCAAAAGAGACAAUCCUAUAAUAUCUCAUAUGUUUGAUUUAAUGAACCCAGUAGGUUCUAUUUAUACAUCUACGGAUGCAAGAGGUCCUCAAGUAACGUUUGGUGUUGGUGCAUGGGAACAAAUAGUCGACAGGUUUUUGUAUUGUGCAAACUCUUCAAAGGAAACAGGUGGAAGUAAAACGAUUUCAGGUGAAAACUUACCUGCACACA